UCAGCUGGUUAGCUAAACAUCCAGAGAAAAAGAGAUGAGCAGGAAAACGAGACGAAGAAAACGAGAACAUUUUUUUUCAGUCAGGAAAAUAGCGACAGAAAGAAAAUCUGUUUAGUCUCAUUUCUGCAAUCUUAUUUCCUGGUUAUUGUGGUGCUAUUGGAUGUACACAAAGCUGUUUCUACACAAUUAAGGUGCUACAUUAAAACCUCAGCACACAGCAUUCCUCACACCCUGGGGGGGGGGGCAACGCUUCACCUGCUGCUCCAUAGGACCAAGCAGUUAUGUGACAGCUUUAUCAGCGUCUGUGUGACAUUGGAUGAGUACAGAGGUGUAGUCACCGUAGACCUAUGGCAAUAAAUCACACAACUGAAGCUUUUGGUCAGAGCUGAAUAUCAGAUGUAAACAAAAAUAAAAAGAGGAACCUCUGAAGUUCCCCAGUUUUUUUUUUUUUUAAAUCAACUUUCCUGCUGUCAAAGUCUGCGCUGGGAGUGGGUGGAUGAGUGUUUGCGCUGUGAACAGCUUCUUGUCAUGGUGGCCUGGUAUGUCUGAGCCUGAAGCUACUGUAGCUUCUCAGUUUCAUAGAGAAUGUUAGCAUAUGGCUAAGUCCGUAUGGUGACAGCUGAGGCCAUUAUCCUUCUCCCCUUGAUUGCCAUCUCUGGCCCCUACAAGGGGGUAUAAACUUGUUGGUAGUGGGACCCCCUAACCUUACCAUCUCUCUUUCAUUCAAUCAUCCAUCCACCCACUCAGCAACCACCAGCUUUUGCUUUUGCUCCAUCUUUUCCUUCUCAUUAACCCUCAUCACUUAUGUGUAGUACUAAGCACACAUUGGCUCAGCCUAGCUAAGCUUUCGUCCUUUACGAGAUCCUCCUCUGUCCUUUGAAAUCAUCGCACAUCUGUCCCCUUUCAGCUUAAAUAGCCACAGCCCAGUCCCUUCUGUUUUUCAAGUCAAACCCCAACCCCAGUGCAACUCAAAGGCCCAGCGUGGACUGCUCUAAAACCUGAUAGCCAAGCCGCUAGGCAGUUGUUUUGGUGGUUGUUUUGGUUGCAUGGAAUCGGCUUAACCGUGGAGAGGCCAGGCUACCACAAACUGAUGGACUUUGACAAGCGAGGAGUGGGGGGAGGGGGAGGUGGUGGAGGAGGAGGAGGUGGAGGUGGUGGCGGCGGUGGCGGUGGUGGAGGAGGGAAGGGGGAGACAGAGGAGGGGAAGAGGAUGUCUGGGAAGACAGGGAGUCGAUCAGGGCACAGUGGCCGGGGUGCUGGCUCCAACUCCGGGGUUCUGAUGGUCGGACCAAACUUCCGGGUAGGAAAGAAGAUCGGCUGUGGGAACUUUGGAGAGCUGCGACUUGGAAAGAACCUGUACACCAAUGAAUAUGUGGCCAUUAAACUGGAGCCGAUCAAGUCGCGGGCGCCACAGCUCCACCUAGAAUAUCGCUUCUACAAACAGCUGGGCAGUUCAGAGGGUGUACCCCAGGUGUUUUACUUUGGACCUUGUGGGAAAUAUAAUGCUAUGGUUCUGGAGCUACUGGGACCCAGCUUAGAAGAUCUGUUUGACCUCUGCGACAGGACCUUCUCUCUAAAGACUGUACUCAUGAUAGCCAUACAACUGAUAACCCGCAUGGAGUUUGUCCACACCAGAAGCCUGAUCUAUCGAGACGUGAAGCCCGAGAACUUCCUGGUGGGCCGACCUGGCUCCAAACGGCAGCACACCAUCCACAUCAUAGACUUUGGCCUGGCAAAAGAAUACAUAGACCCAGAGACCAAAAAACACAUCCCAUACAGAGAACACAAGAGCCUCACUGGAACCGCUCGAUACAUGAGCAUCAACACACACCUGGGGAAAGAGCAAAGCAGGCGGGAUGACCUGGAGGCUCUAGGCCACAUGUUCAUGUACUUCCUACGAGGCAGUCUACCCUGGCAGGGACUGAAGGCUGACACUCUGAAAGAACGUUAUCAGAAGAUAGGAGACACAAAGAGAGACACACCAAUAGAGGUCCUUUGUGAGAGCUUCCCAGAAGAGAUGGCCACCUACCUGCGGUACGUGCGUCGUCUGGACUUCUUUGAGAAGCCGGACUACGACUAUCUGCGGAAACUCUUCACGGACCUGUUUGACAGAAACGGAUACAUCUUUGACUACCAGUACGACUGGACUGGAAAGCCACUGCCCACUCCUAUUGGUCCAGUGGCCAGUGAGACUCCCCUUCAGACGAGCAACCGAGAGAAAGCACCGCAGACCAAAAACCAGGUGAUGAGCUCAACCAAUGGGGAGCUGAAUACAGAUGACCCCACUGCAGGACACUCCAAUGCACCAAUCACAGCCAACGCGGAGGUGGAAGUGGCUGAUGAUACCAAGUGCUGCUGUUUCUUCAAGAGGAGGAAGAGGAAAGCUCUCCAGAGACACAAAUGAAACUGAGACGAGAGACAACCCCCCCUCUUUUUCACUCUUUCUUUUUUCCUUCUCUUUCUGUUGUCCUCUUCAUAUAACCCUGUCUUUCCUCCCUCAUCUGUCCCUCCUCCUCCUCUGCUGUUCGAGGUCCUGUAGUCUACCUUGGGCUGGCUAGACUGGAUCACCAGGCAACACAAUAUGUCUGCGAAGCUGAUCUACUGGUUUUUACUGCUCCGAACUGAGCAGACAGACAGAGAGACAGACAGUGACGUGAGUUUGCUGUUCCAGCCCCGGAGCUUUAAAUGUGGACUGAGCUGCACCAGUGGUGGGACUCUUCAUGUAUUUAUGGUCACAAACUUAACUAAAACUGGAUCCACACAAACUGCUGUGACCACAGAUGAGCUAUUCAGAGACUGUGAAAGCUGAUUGGCUGACAGACUGGCUACUUCUCUGUUUGUUUUUUCUUCCUUACUGACUGGUUCAGAGGAGAGAGCCUGUAUUUCUGAGGAGAUACAGAAGAGAGGACAACAAAAGGAUGAGAUGCAUCAGACUGUCAGACCACAAAUACAUACAACACACACAUAAAAACACACUGCACAUUGUCUCAUGGCUCAUCAUAAAGAGACUUCAUAGACAAAAAGUUGCAGCUCUGGUAUAUAGUUGAUAAAGUUUUUAUUCCCUGGGGUCAAAAGAAGUACACAGUGAGUGGCUUGGUCUAUUUCCUGCAGUGGAUCGGGCUCAGUGUACUUGUCAGACACAUCACCCUCAGAGGAAAACCUCACAACCACCAGAAUCAAACGUUUAAAAGAGAUGUUUAUGUAAAAACUAUGCUUUUUUUUUUCUUGUUUUAAUUU